AUGGGUGGGUUGCUGAGCCAACUCUGGUGGGGUGGUGAUCCAGACGCCGUGAACCCAGUGUCAGGGUUGACCAGGCGAGAUGUUUACGCAGUACAGAAAUCCUGGGCAGUAGCUAACGCCAAUCCAGUUGCUACUGGAACAGAGUUACUUAGAAGAUUAUUUCGUGCUCACCCAGAGACGAAGGAGUUCUUCAAAAUGAUACGAAACUUACCUGAAGAGGAAUUCCCCCAAAAUCACCAGUUCAAGGCACACGUAAUCAAUCUCAUGUCCUCCAUCACCUUAGCAGUAAACAAUCUUAACCAACCGGAAGUAGUGGUAGCUAUGAUGAAUAAACUGGGAGAGUCGCACGGGAGACGACAAAUACAGGAGAAACACUUUGAUGAUCUAAAAGGCGUUAUAGUAAAAAUGUUCAUCGAAGUAUUGAAGCUGGAUGACAAGACUUUAGGCUCGUGGGGGAAGACAGUCGAAUUCUGGUACAAGCAUAUCUUCGAAACAUUAAAAUCUGAUGAGCCAAGAUAACGUAAAUUUACUUUUUUGUUAUUUGCUAGUAUUUAUUGAUUGAUAUGCUGUUUAUUUUAUAAUACGACGUUAUGUAAAUUACUCAAGCAAAUUCUAUUACAGUAGAUUUCUACUGUGAGGUUAUUCAUAGAAUAUUUUAGAGGAGAGAGUUGAUUUUAAGUAUAACGAUUUGUGUCAAUUUUUUUGAUAUAUCUUUGCUUUUAGACUAUCAGAAUAUAUUUAAAGAAAGAUAUCAACAUUUUCGACGUCGACAAAACAACAGAAAAAUAUUUUAAUUUAUACUGCAUAUAGCCUAACGUAACAUCAGCAAGUUUCUAAAUAACAUAACGAAUUAAGUCAAUAUAAGAACAAAAAUAAGACACUCGACGAAUUUUAAAUGAAUAUGGCAUACUAAUCAAAUUAUUUGACAUAGGCUGUUUAUUGUAUACCAACUAAUACUAUUAGAUUAUUAUUUACAUAUUUUUUUUUUAAAUAUUAAAUAAAUUUAAU